AUGAUUGGAAAAAGGAAGAGAGAUACAGCUAUUGUGCCGAGAGCUACAACUUUUGACGAUGAAGAGACGCCGCAGACAAAUACCGAGUCUUCUCAUGAUAUUUUUCGCAAAUUCUUUGAAGCCCAAUUCCAGCCGCUGGAUGUCCCUGGGGCGCAGAUUACCCGCCGCGAUGACGCCGAAGGGGAGAGCGACGAGGAGGCCUCGGAGCUUUCUGACACUGGGUCGAAUUGGGACGGUUUGAGCGAAGGUGAAGAUGGACCGGAGGUGGUUCAGAUAGUCGAGCAUUGCGAUGCAAAAUCUCUGGAUUUGAUGGACAAGAAAGCUCGCAAGGCAUUUAUGACUGCCAAACCGCCAUCUUCCCUCGUCGACCGGACCCCAGCUAAAUCGCCGAAGAGAGAGACCGAAAGUGACAAGGAUGAAAAUGAGAUUGAUGCGGAUCAUUUAAAAAAUGAUCUUGCUCUACAACGUCUUCUCAAAGAAUCCCAUCUUCUCGAGUCCGCGUCCGAUCUUGCUCCGACGGGCAAGAAUCGUCUCAAGGCUCUCGAUUUGCGGAUGCAGGAACUGGGGUCUAAAGAAUCCCUAUACAAGCAAAGGAUGCCUUCUUCUCAUAGGAGAGGCAUCCAAGCUAAGGCUGAAAUGAAGGAGAACAAGCGUCGGAAGGAAGCCAGGGAAAAUGGAAUUAUCCUUGAGAAGCCGACACCCAAGGCGAAUGCCAACAGCUCCAAAAGGCGAGAACGUGGUGUUGGAGGGCCUUCCAUCGGAAAGUUCGCAGGCGGAACCUUGAACCUGAGCAAACAUGACGUAGCCGCUAUCCAGGGAUCGGGACGGUCAAGCAGAGGCAGGGGCGGCAGCAGAGGCAGAGGCAGAGGCAGAGGCAGAGGCAGAGGACGUCGCUAG